AUGCUCGGGCAACCAUUGCAUGGCCUGGCGGUCAUUGCUACCCUUGGGAAUUGCGCCCUUGCGAAUCCUCUUGCGCAUUGGAAUGUGCCAGGAAAUGCAAGCUUGAACUCCGAGCGCUUGAUGUCGAGAGAUACAACUGAAUUCGACCAGACAGAUCUUUCCUUUAUCAAAAGAAUGGCCGCCAUCGGCGACUCCUACUCGGCCGGAAUUGGUGCUGGUGACCGGCUUGGAACUAUUGUCGAAGCACUUGACCCGAAGAGUGAUUGGGCGUGCAGUCGCUAUGAUCACGCGUACCCUUAUCUUAUCCAUACCGAUGAACGGCUGGGCGACCAAGAUGCACGCACGUUUCAGUUUAAGUCAUGUUCUGGUGCAGUCAUAGACAACGUUAUCAACGACCAGAUCCCCAACAUCAGCGGGAACCAGCAGGUUAUAUUGCUAUCAGCCGGUGGCAAUGAUGCUGAGCUCUCAAACAUCCUGAACCAGUGUAUCUUCCAAUGGGCCGUAUUUAACCCUAACCAAGUAAAUGCAGCAAAGACAGCCGCUCUUGCAGAUCCGAAAUAUGCAUGGGCGAAGACGUUUGACUGGGACUCACUAGGUCUUGGCUGCGAUGGGCAGUUGGCUCGCACAAAAAAACUCAUUGCUGGAGAUGCCUUCAGCAAGAGCCUGGAUUCUGUUAUCUCGGCGGCAAAGGCAAAGCUAGGAUCAGAUGGGAUGAUCUACUACACUGGUUAUGCCAAAUUCUUUGCUGAAGAUCUAUCAUCUGCGUGUGAUAAAGUUAGCUGGUCAACUUGGAUUUAUAAAUUAUACAACCUAUUUCAGGACACGGAGAAGCUUACGAAAGGUCAUCGGAAAACAAUGAAUGAUCUUGUCGAUGCUGUUAACUCGCAAAUCUCAGCUGCAGUAAAGAGAGCCGGUGACAAAGUCAAGUUUGUAGACUAUGAUUCUUACGUAGGCCAUUUCAAUGGCCGCUUUUGUGAAGACGGUGUCGAUGAAUCAACGGUUGAAAGCAAUACAAGAACCGGUCUCAUGUUCUAUGAGCUCAAUACUUGGGACCCCCUCGGCCGCAAUCCCUGGAAACGAAGCGUGGACAACCCCUUGGAAGGAACCUUUGAGGGCUCCGUAAACCAAUUGGCGCAGAUUACACUUCUGAUGGAUCCAGGCGCCCAGCUCUCAGACCAGGCUUUGAUCUCCGACGCUUCUACUGCUUCUAUUACUGUCUCUGAUGUGGUACUACUUAGCAGUGCCGCAGUUCCUGAUAUAGAAAUUCCAAAUAUCCUGCCGGACGGAUACGGGCGUGUGUUUCAUCCCCAGAUCUUGCUUCAUCAGCUCAUUGCCGAGCUGGUUAUCUAUGAAAUUGUCAAUAAGAACGAGCAGGAUAAUAGGCUUCCAGCAAUCCCAGAGAAGUUGUCCUUCGACUCGUGCCCUCACUAUCCUUCAUCAGGCUCAAAUGCUUCAGACGGUCAACAAAUCGCGGUGGCGUCGUAUAUCAAUCCUCUCGCAGACCCAGCGGCCUGGGAUCGGCUGAUCGCGUAUCCUGUGAAGAAGAUGCCCAUAUUAGUUGCUAAUGUCGUGAAUGGUCCGGAUUCUGCCGUCGACAAGACUUGGGCCGACGUGAUCAAUCGAGCUUCAGCUUCUGGUAAAACGGUCCUCGGCUACGUGCGGACCGGAUACCUUGGCGUGAGUGAACAGAAAUUCACCACCCGGCUAGGCUUAGGCGACUUGGCGGAUUGGACCGCGCAGAUUGAGGAAGAUAUUGAUAUGUGGUACACGCUUUAUGGUAGCAGUAUUGGCGGCAUCUUUUUCGACGAGGGUUGGCCCGAAUGUGGCGACAACAAUAAAUACGUGGACCUAUACAAGUAUAUCAACGAUUAUACCAAGCGUGCCCAUCCCGGCGCUUAUACAAUCCUGAAUCCUGGGUCGCCCAUAGCGUCUUGCUUCGAGGAUACCAUGGACACACUGCUAACUUUCGAGCUGUCUUACGAGGCGUACACUAGUUCCUACACACCUAACGAUUGGACACCGAAAGACCCGCGGAAACUCUGGCACAUCGUAUACAACGUGCCGGAAUCCGCGGUUAGUAAGGUAACCAAGUUAGCUAAGAAGCGUGGAGCUGGCUUCCUUCAACUCACAGAUGAUACUUUGCCUAAUCCAUACGACACUCUGCCUGGCGAUUCCUACAUCCAGGGCAUGAUGGGUGCAAUCGAGGGUGGUUCUCUGCUGAAUACUGAUGCGUCAUCCUGGAUGUCUGGAAACGCAGCAGCAGCGGUGUCUGGACUGUCAGCCUCGACCUCAGACUAUACUUCUGCUAAAUUAUCCUGGAAUGCGGCCUUGAAUGCUCUUGGAUAUUAUGUGUAUUCGGGCGAUAGUGUUAUUGCAAGUGUUCCUAGCUCAAUGACUACGAUCACUAUUGGCGGUCUCCAACCAGGAGCUAGCCACGCAUUCCAAAUAAGCGCAGUGGGAGGAGGUGGCCAGAUAGGGUCCUCUUCCAAUACAGCUACGGUCAACACCAAAUCUUUGCCCAACGGGAAAACCAUCGUCAACUACCACUCCUCUCCUGGGGCAGAUUCAACCACUGUCCAGGCUGACAUUCUUGUUCCUUACGCUUUUAUCCGCCUCUAUAUCUGGAACUCAGUGGGAUGUGAGUUCGACACCGAUCCAGGAUGGAGUGUUAACUUUAAAGUCGACGAGUAUGUCUGCACCCACUACAUGGUCGAGGGCACCAUGCUAUACAAAUACAGUGGCACACUUCCCGAAGGCUCCACAGCCCCACCGUGGGCUUGGUCGGUGGUCGGGCCCAUCACUCUUGAUAUCAAGGACUACACUUACAAGUGGACAUUACCCCUGGGAACUUCUACUAUCGACACAAGCAAAUUCGUGGUUCAGGCGCAAGGCUACAACCCCUUGACCAACGUCUUCGAGCCGGAUCCCAGCGCCUAUGACUGCAAGGGCUCAUCCAUGUGCACGACCCCAGAUUUUGUGAAGUGGUGCGACCACGCUGUCAAUACCCUGCAGCGAUACGACGACCCCUUCUACUUUGCUACGUCUGCUAACGAAACCGGAAUUAACCAAUCCGGGAACUGCUGGGGCGAUCAGACUCGGAGCUGCGGUGUGUUUAUCCAGGGUGAUGCUAGCUGCAGUAUUAGUGGUAACGACCUGUGGAAUGACUACCAGAACAUCCGCAAAAUUGGCGGCUGUUCCAAGUGUGGUUCGUUCCACAGGGAAGACGGCUGUCUGAUUACUAUAAACUAUGUCUAUCAAUGUGACAACCACGGCUAG